UUGACGAAUUCGAGAGGCAAUUGUGGAGGGCGAAGAAACGGAGUACGAGAGAGGUAAAUCGAUCGAUUUCCUAAUUGCAGAUAAAGGAGGUUUUGUAUCAAUUUCUGUUCUUCUCAUUGAUUUGAUUUUUGAUUUUUGAUUUUGGGGUUUCUGUUUUCCGAUUCGGUGAUGUCGAAUUUGGGUGGCGGCGCGGAAGAACAGGCUAGGUUGAAGCAGUAUGGGUACAAAGCCAAUUCGAAUCUGGUGCUUAACCCUGAUGAGCGUCCUCGUGAUACGCAUGAACCAACCGGGGAGCCAGAAACUCUCAGGGGGAAGAUUGAUCCUAAAUCCUUUGGAGAUCGCGUUGUUAAGGGGAAAUCUAACGAGUUAGAUGAGAGGCUGAACAAGUCGAAGAAGAAGAAAGAGCGUGAGGCUACAGAUGAUUUGGUCUUUGUUCGAGAGAGCAAGAGACGUCGUCUUAAGGAGGAGAGUGUGCUUACUGAUACGGAUGAUGGCGUUUAUCAGCCCAGGACUAUGGAAACGAGGGCUGGUUAUGAGGCCAUGCUUAGUCUUAUUCAACAGCAAUUGGGUGGGCAACCUCUGAGUAUUGUUUGUGGUGCGGCUGAUGAGAUUCUGGCGGUUCUCAAGAACGAUUCCUUGAAAAACAUUGAGAAGAAGAUGGAGAUUGAGAAACUGCUGAACCCUAUUCCUACACAGAUUUUCGAUCAGCUUGUUUCGAUUGGUAAAUUGAUCACGGACUAUGGUGGUGAUUAUGGAACUGAUGAAGCUGUUGAGGAUGAAGGACUUGAUUAUGAUGUGGGUGUGGCUCUUGAAUUUGAGGAGCAUGAAGAAGAUGAUGAGGAGAGUGAUCUUGAUAUGGUCCAGGAAGAAAAAGAUGAAGAGGAUGAAGAAGGUGCUGCACCUAACAGAACUGGAGGUGUGCAGGUUGGUGUGGCGAUAAACGCUAAGUGUGCAGAACACGGAGGCUCGAGUCUUAAUGUUCAGGAAAUUGAUGCUUAUUGGCUCCAGAGAAAGAUAUUCCAAGGAUAUGAACAGCAGAUUGAUCCACAGGAGUGCCAGGUUCUCGCAGAGGAGCUGCUUAACAUACUUGCUGAGGGGACUGAUAGGGAUGUUGAGAACAAACUGCUUGAGCACCUUCAGUUUGAUAAGUUUAGUCUUGUUAAAUUUCUGCUGCAGAACCGCCUCAAGAUUGUGUGGUGCACCCGUUUGGCUAGGGAAAAAAACCAGGAAGAGAGGAAUCAAAUCGAGGAGGAGAUGAUGGGGUUGGGCCCAGGGUUGGCAGAAAUUUUGGAGGAGUUGCAUGCAAAAAGAGCUACAGCCAAAGAAAGGGAGGAGAACCAGGAAAAUAAAAUCAAAGAAGAAGCACGGGGUCUUAAGGAUGAUUUUGGUGGAGAUGAAGACAGAGGCAGAAGAGAUGUUGAUGAUAGAGAUUUAGAUAAUGGUUGGUUUAAGGGUCAGCGUCAGAUGCUGGACCUGGAGAGCCUGGCUUUUGACCAUGGUGGUAUCCUGAGGGAGAAUAAGAAGUGUGAGCUUCCUUCUAAGUCUUACAGAAUUCAUGGCAAGGAAUUUGAUGAGGUUCAUGUGCCAUGGGUUUCUAAAAAGUUUGAUUGUAAUGAAAAGCUUGUGAAAAUCACCGAUAUGCCAGAUUGGGCCCAACCGGCUUUUAAGGGAAUGCAGCAGUUGAACAGAGUUCAGAGCAAAGUGUAUGAGACUGCUCUGUUUAAAGCGGAGAACAUUCUUCUUUGUGCUCCAACUGGUGCUGGGAAGACCAAUGUUGCUGUGCUCACCAUAUUGCAGCAACUAGAAUUAAAUACGAACUCAGAUGGGAACUACAAAAUUGUCUAUGUUGCACCCAUGAAAGCCCUUGUUGUUGAGGUCGUUGAUACUCUAUCUAAACGCUUGAAGGACUAUGGAGUUACUGUGAAGGAACUCAGUGGGGAUCAGUCACUUACUCGGCAAGAAAUCGAAGAAGCUCAGAUCAUUGUUACAACACCAGAGAAAUGGGAUAUCGUCACCAGGAAAUCUGGAGAUCGCACUUAUACUCAGCUUGUGAGGCUUCUUAUAAUUGAUGAGAUUCAUCUUCUUAAUGAUAGUCGAGGGCCGGUGCUUGAAAGUAUUGUCGCUAGGACUCUUAGGCAGAUCGAAACCACAAAGCAGCAUAUUCGUCUGGUGGGUUUAUCAGCGACACUUCCAAAUCAUGAAGAUGUGGCCUCAUUUUUGCGGGUGGAUCUUAAGGGUGGGUUGUUUACAUUCGACCGCAGCUACAGACCCGUGCCUCUCUCUCAGCAGUAUAUUGGAAUUAAUGUGAAAAAACCAUUGCGGAGGUUCCAAUUGAUGAAUGAUAUAUGCUAUCAGAAAGUAUUGGCUGGUGCUGGGAAACAUCAGGUCCUUAUUUUUGUCCAUUCGAGGAAGGAAACAGCCAAAACUGCAAGAGCAAUACAGGAAACCGCAAUUGCGAACGAUACCCUCAGCAGAUUUUUGAAGGAAGAUAGUAAUAGUCGUGAAAUUCUUCAGAGUCAGGUUGAACUUGUCAAGAGUAGUGACCUGAAAGAUCUUCUGCCUUAUGGUUUUGCAAUUCAUCAUGCUGGGUUGACAAGGAGUGAUCGUCAGAUAGUUGAGGAUCAAUUUCGUCUUGGGCAUGUUCAAGUCUUGAUUUCCACGGCAACUCUUGCCUGGGGUGUGAAUUUGCCUGCACAUACUGUCAUUAUCAAAGGAACCCAAGUCUAUAACCCUGAGAGAGGAGCGUGGAUGGAGCUGAGUCCUCUAGAUGUUAUGCAGAUGAUUGGUCGUGCCGGAAGACCUCAAUAUGACCAACAUGGGGAGGGAAUCAUAAUCACUGGCUACAGCGAGCUGCAGUAUUAUCUUCGUUUGAUGAAUGAGCAACUACCUAUUGAAAGCCAGUUUAUUUCCAAACUUGCUGAUCAGCUUAAUGCUGAAAUUGUGCUUGGAACCAUUCAGAAUGCUAGAGAAGCUUGUCACUGGCUUGGCUAUACAUAUUUAAAUGUCCGCAUGGUUAGUAAUCCGACACUGUAUGGCUUACCACCUGAUGCCGUUGCAGAAGACAUAGUAUUGGAGGAGAGAAGAGCUGACCUGAUACAUUCUGCUGCUACUAUCUUGUACAAAAACAACCUGAUUAUGUAUGACAAGAAAAGUGGAUACUUCCAGGUUACUGAUUUGGGACGCAUUGCUAGCUACUACUACAUAUCUCAUGGGACAAUAGCUACAUACAAUGAGAAUUUGAAGCCAACGAUGAGUAUUAUAGAUCUUUGUCGUCUGUUCUCGCUGAGUGAGGAGUUCAAGUAUGUCACUGUUCGACAAGAUGAGAAGAUGGAAAUGGCAAAACUUUUGGAUCGUGUCCCGAUUCCGGUCAAGGAAACACUGCAAGAGCCUAGUGCAAAGAUUAAUGUUUUGCUGCAAGCAUAUAUAUCAAAGCUAAAGCUUGAGGGUCUUUCUUUGACAUCUGACAUGGUUUAUAUUAACCAGAGUGCUGGGCGUCUUCUACGAGCUCUUUUUGAGAUUGUAUUGAAGAGGGGAUGGGCUCAACUGGCUGAGAAAGCUCUGAAGUUAUCUAAAAUGGUAGGGAAGAAAAUGUGGAGUGUUCAGACACCCCUUCGGCAGUUUCAUGGGAUUCCAAAUGAGGUUCUGAUGAAGUUGGAGAAGAAAGAUUUGGUGUGGGAGAGGUACUAUGAUCUAUCUUCGCAUGAGCUAGGAGAGAUUAUUCGAAAUCCGAAGAUGGGCAGACCACUUCACAAAAUCAUCCACCAGUUCCCAAAACUGAAUCUUGCAGCACAUGUUCAGCCAAUUUCUCAUUCUGUUCUGCAGGUGGAGCUUACUAUUACACCCGAUUUCCAGUGGGAUGACAAGGUACAUAAAUAUGUUGAACCGUUUUGGAUAAUUGUGGAAGACAAUGAUGGUGAAAAGGUCCUUCAUCACGAGUACUUUCUUUUGAAAAAACAGUAUAUUGAUGAGGAUCACACUUUGAACUUCACUGUGCCUAUCUCUGAGCCACCGCCACCACAGUAUUUCAUCCGGGUGGUUUCAGACAAAUGGCUUGACUCACCGACUGUGUUGCCUGUAUCUUUCAGGCAUCUUAUUCUUCCACAAAAGUAUCCACCACCUACGGAGCUACUGGAUUUGCAGCCCCUCCCGAUGACGGCCCUUAGGAAUCCAUCGUAUGAAACUCUGUAUCAGGAUUUCAAGCAUUUCAAUCCAGUGCAGACUCAGGUCUUUAGUGUUUUGUAUAACACAAGUGACAAUGUAUUGGUUGCCGCUGCGACGGGAAGUGGGAAGACUAUAUGUGCGGAGUUUGCUAUUUUGAGGAAUCAUCAUGAAGGAUCUGAUUCAACAAUGCGUGUUGUCUAUAUCGCACCUCUUGAGGCUAUUGCCAAGGAGCAGUUUCGUGAUUGGGAGGAAAAGUUUGGAAAGGGGCUUGGUUUACGGGUUGUUGAGUUAACUGGGGAGACAGCUUUGGAUCUUAAGCUGCUUGAGAAAGGUCAGAUAAUCAUAAGUACUCCUGAGAAAUGGGACGCUCUGUCCCGCUGGUGGAAACAGAGAAAAUAUGUCCAGCAGGUUAGUUUGUUUAUCGUCGAUGAACUUCACUUAAUUGGGGGUCAAGGUGGUCCAGUAUUGGAGGUAAUUGUCUCUAGAAUGAGAUAUAUUGCAAGUCAGGUCGGGAAUAAGAUCAGGAUUGUUGCAUUAUCGACUUCCCUUGCUAAUGCCAAAGAUCUUGGGGAGUGGAUUGGGGCAAGUUCCCGUGGCCUUUUUAACUUCCCGCCUAAUGUUCGUCCUGUCCCACUUGAGAUCCACAUUCAAGGGGUGGACAUAUUGAAUUUUGAAGCCAGGAUGCAGGCGAUGACUAAGCCAACAUACACUGCCAUAGUCCAGCAUGCCAAGAACAAGAAACCGGCCAUCGUUUUUGUCCCUAGCCGUAAACAUGCCCGCCUUACUGCUGUGGAUCUGUUAGCAUACUCACACAUGGACAACACGCAGAGCACUGAUUUCCUGUCUGCGAAUCUGGAAGAACUAGAGCCUUUUGUUAGCCAAAUUUGCGAGGAAACUCUGAAGAAGACUUUGCGCCAUGGAAUUGGAUACUUACAUGAAGGUUUAAGCAGUCUAGAUCAGGAGAUUGUUAGUCAGCUUUUCAAGGCUGGGCGGAUUCAGGUAUGUGUAAUGACUAGUUCAUUGUGUUGGGGUACUCCAUUGAAGGCUCAUUUGGUUGUUGUAAUGGGGACACAGUUCUAUGACGGGCGGAAAAAUUCUCAUUCGGAUUACCCCAUCUCUGAUCUGCUCCAGAUGAUGGGGCGUUGUAGCCGACCUCUGCUUGACAACGCCGGUAAAUGUGUGAUCUUCUGCCAUUCAGUACGUAAAGAGUAUUACAAGAAAUUUCUGCAUGAAGCCUUUCCCGUUGAGAGUCAUCUUCAACAUUACUUGCAUGAUAAUUUCAAUGCGGAAGUGGUUGCUGGGGUUAUAGAGAACAAGCAAGAUGCUGUGGAUUAUCUUACCUGGAGCCUCAUGUACAGGGGGCUUCCUCAGAACCCCAAUUUCUACAAUCUCCAGGGAGUGAGCCACAGGCAUUUAUCUGAUCACCUCUCAGAGCUCGUCGAAAACACUCUAUCUGAUCUUGAAGUGAGUAAAUGCAUUGAGAUAGAUAAUGAGUUGGAUCUGUCUCCUCUCAAUCUUGGUAUGAUUGCUUCAUAUUAUUACAUCAGUUACACCACCAUUGAGCGCUUCAGUUCUCUCUUGGCUUCCAAAACCAAGAUGAAGGGGCUACUUGAGAUCUUGACUUCUGCUUCAGAGUUUGACUUGAUUUCCAUACGUCCUGGUGAAGAGGACACAGUUCGGAGACUCAUCAACCACCAGAGGUUCUCUUUUGAAAACCCAAAAUGCACAGACCCUCAUGUGAAGGCAAACGCACUUCUUCAGGCGCAUUUCUCAAGGCAAAAAAUCAGCGGGAACCUGGCAAUGGAUCAGCGUGAGGUCCUCUUAUCUGCAACAAGACUUCUUCAGGCGAUGGUCGAUGUGAUAUCAAGCAACGGCUGUCUGGAUCUUGCUCUAUUAGCUAUGGAAGUAAGCCAGAUUGUGACUCAAGGCAUGUGGGAUCGAGACUCCAUACUUCUGCAGCUUCCUCACUUCACAAAGGACUUAGCCAAAAGAUGCCAAGAGAAUCCGGGGAAUCAUAUUGAAAACGUAUUCGAUCUUGUGGAAAUGGAAGAUGACAGACGCCAAGAGCUUCUCCAAAUGUCAGAUGCUCAGCUACUUGACAUUGCCAGAUUCUGCAACCGCUUCCCCAACAUUGACCUUAUAUACGAGGUUGUGGACAGCAGCGAGGUAACCCCUGGAAAAGAAAUCACAUUGCAGGUAAUGCUGGAGAGAGACAUGGAGGGGAGGACCGAGGUGGGGCCCGUGGACGCACCAAGAUAUCCCAAGACAAAAGAAGAAGGGUGGUGGCUAGUCGUUGGAGAAACCAAGACGAACCAGUUGCUUGCCAUCAAGCGAAUCUUUCUGCAACGGAAGGCGAAGGUGAAGCUGGCGUUUGCAGGACCGACUGAACCAGGAGAGAAGUCAUAUACACUCUACUUCAUGAGCGAUUCUUACUUGGGUUGUGACCAGGAAUACACUUUUUCUGUUGAUGUUAAAGAUUCUUGCGCCGCAGAUCACAUGGAGGAAUGAAUGAUUCUUUUUUUUUUCUAGUUAUUUUUAGCGUCUGCGUUCAGCGUUUUCUUGUCAUUAUUUUUUAGUUAGCUACUUUACUUGAUAUUAACUAUUAUUGUACAAACUUGGUUACUAGAUUCUGCAUUUAAACUUGGAUGUGAAAACCAGAAAAAGGAGAGAACUAUUUUAUUGCUGAGAAGUCGUUGAAAGCA